CAGACAGAUGAGAUUCUGCGGGAGCAAAGCGAGAGCUUCCAUGUCAAGAAAGCAACCAACCUCCGAAUAAUAAUCCAUCUUCCUCCCUCGCCUCACUCUAGCUCCGAUUCUCUCGCUCGAGUCGAGCACACCACCAGCUGCCUACGUGCUCCUUCCAAAAGCGAAAGCAUUUGGAAACCACCACUACUCCCGUCAACACCAUAUGGAACCUCAUUCCAUUUGAUCGAUCGCCUCGCUUUCCCAUCAUCACCACCACGGCCACCGACUCCCGAAUAAUCUCUCUUCCUCCAUUGCCUCGCUUUGGCUCAGAUUCUCUCGCACGUACGCUCCAUGGUUCUACCUAGCUAGCUCCUCUCUCACUGCUCGCUCCAAAAGCAAAAGCAUUCGAUCGGAAACCACCACUCCCCUCCACACCAUAAGGAACCCUAUUCCAUCUCAUCGCUCGCUUUCCCCUCCCAUCUUCGGCACCGCGCGAGAGCGCCUCCAUCGAUCGCCGAUCGAGCUCCCAUGGCGGACGGGGGGCCGCCGCACCCGCACGGGCAGAUGGUGCGCAGGCUGGCGGUGGAGGUGGUGGACGCGCGGGACCUGGUGCCCAAGGACGGGCUCGGCACGUCCAGCGCCUACGCGGUGGCGGACUUCGACGGCCAGCGCAAGCGCACGCGGACCGUGCCGCGGGACCUCAACCCGCAGUGGCACGAGCGCCUCGAGUUCGCCGUCCCCGACCCGGCCGGCAUGCACGCCGAGUCGCUCGACGUCUCGCUCUACCACGACCGCCGCUUCAACCCCUCCGGCGGGGGCGGCGGCGGCAAGAACCACUUCCUCGGCCGCGUCCGCAUCUACGGCUCCCAGUUCUCGCGCCGCGGCGAGGAGGGCAUCGUCUACUUCCCGCUCGAGAAGCGCAGCCUGCUCAGCUGGAUCCGCGGCGAGGUCGGGCUCAAGAUCUACUACUACGACGAGCCGGCCGUGCCCCCGCCGCCGCCGCCGGAGGACCGGCCGCCCGAGGGGGCUGACAACGCGCCGCCGCCCGAGGUCCCGCCGGAGCAGCCCAGGGAGCUCCCACCUGAGCUCCCUGAGCCCACGGAGGCUGCCGUGGAGGUGCAGCAGCCGCAGGCGCAGCCUCCGGUCAUCAUCGUGGAGGAAGCUCCGAUGCACGGGCCACACGGCCCGAUGAUGCCGCCCCCGAUGAUGCACGGCCACAUGAUGCCGCCGCCGAUGCAUGGGCCACACGGCCCGAUGAUGCACGGCCCGCACGGCCCCAUGAUGCACGCCCGGAUGAUGCCACCGCAGCCGGAGCCGGAGCCGGAGCAGCAGCCGCAACGUGAACCAGGGCCGGGGCCCGAUGGCGCAGAAAUGUACCCGCCUGAGCUCCGCAAGGAGCGGAUGGCGUCGAGCACCGGCCAUGUCCGCGUCCCCCGACACCCGAGCGGCGGCUUCGGGCCUGAUUACUACACGGCCGCCUCUCCCCGCGUCAUCUCCGGGCGGUUCGCGUCCGCCGGCGAGGCCGUCGAGCCGGUGCAGUCGACGUACGACCUGGUGGAGCCUAUGCGGUACCUCUUCGUGCGCAUCGUGCGGGUGCGCGGCAUCCGCGCCUGCGAGGGCCCCUACGUCAAGAUCCAGGCCGGCCCGCACUGCCUCCGCUCCCGGCCAGGACGCGACGUCUCCGGCACCGGCAGCCCCGAGUGGAACCAGGUGUUCGCCGUCAGCCACGCGAAGCCGGAGCCGACGCUCGAGAUAUCCGUCUGGGACGGCGGGGCGCCGUCUCCGGCGGACGCAUUCCUCGGCGGCGUCUGCUUCGACCUCUCCGACGUGCCGGUCCGCGACCAGCCGGACGGCCCGCUCGCGGCGCAGUGGUACCGGCUCGAGGGCGGCGAGCCGGGCAUGGUCACAGGGGACAUCAUGGUGUCGGUGUGGAUCGGCACGCAGGCCGACGACGUGUUCCCGGAGGCCUGGAACACCGACGCGCCCUACGCCGCCUACACCCGCGCCAAGGUGUACCAAUCGCCCAAGCUGUGGUACCUGCGGGCGUCGAUCAUCGAGGCGCAGGACCUGCGCGUGCCGUCGCCGCCGCCGGGGCUGCCGUUCGACGUGCGCGUCAAGGUUCAGCUAGGUUUCCAGUCGGCGCGCACCCGCCGGUCGGUGGCCAGCAGCAGCGGCUCGGCGUUCGCGUGGUCCGAGGACCUCAUGUUCGUCGCGUCCGAGCCGCUGGACGACACCCUUGUCCUGCUGGUGGAGGACCGGUCGAUGAUCAAGGAGCCCGCUCUGCUCGGCCAUGCCACCAUCCCCGUGAGCUCCGUCGAGCAGCGCCUCGACGAGCGCCAGAUCGUCGCGUCAAGAUGGUUCAACCUCGAGGGCGGCAUGGGUCAUGGAGAUGGCGGGGGCGGAGAUCAGCAGGGACAACAAGGGCCGGGCUUCUACUCGGGCAGGCUGCACCUUCGACUCUCCCUGGAAGGAGGAUACCAUGUGCUCGACGAGGCGGCGCAUGUGUGCAGCGACUACAGGCCGACGGCGAAGCAGCUGUGGAAGCCGCCGGUGGGCGUGCUGGAGCUCGGCAUUGUCGGAGCGUGCGGCCUGCUCCCCAUGAAGACGAAAGGAGGCUCCAAGGGCUCCACGGACGCCUACUGCGUGGCCAAGUACGGCAAGAAGUGGGUGCGCACGCGCACCGUCACCGACAGCUUCAACCCGCGCUGGAACGAGCAGUACACGUGGCAGGUCUACGACCCCUGCACCGUGCUCACCGUCGCCGUCUUCGACAACUGGCGCAUGUUCGCCGGCACCGGCGACGACCGCCAGGACUACCGCAUCGGCAAGGUGCGCGUGCGCGUCUCCACGCUCGAGACCAACCGCGCCUACACCGCCUCCUACCCGCUGCUCGUGCUGCUGCGCCCGGGCCUCAAGAAGAUGGGCGAGGUGCAGCUCGCCGUGCGCUUCUCGUCGCCGGCGCACCUCCCCGACACCUGGGCCACCUACACGUCGCCGCUCCUGCCGCGCAUGCACUACCUCCGCCCCAUCGGCGUCGCGCAGCAGGAGGCGCUGCGGGGCGCCGCCGUGCGCACCGUGGCCGCGUGGCUCGCGCGCUCCGAGCCGCCGCUGGGGCCCGAGGUGGUGCGCUACAUGCUGGACGCCGACGCGCACACCUGGAGCGUGCGCCGCGCCAAGGCCAACUGGUUCCGCAUCAUGGGGGUGCUCGCCUGGGCCGUCGGCCUGGAGCGGUGGCUCGACGGCGUGCGGCGCUGGCGCAACCCCUCCACCACCGUCCUCCUCCACGUCCUCUACCUCGUCCUCGUCUGGUACCCCGAGCUGGUGGUGCCCACCGCGUCGCUCUACGUCUUCCUCAUCGGCGUCUGGUACUACCGCUUCCGGCCGCGCGCGCCGGCCGGCAUGGACGCGCGGCUCUCGCAGGCCGACACCGUGGACGGCGACGAGCUGGAGGAGGAGUUCGACGCCGUGCCGGCGCCCGACGUCCUCCGGCUACGCUACGAGAGGCUGCGCACGCUGGCGGGGCGGGUGCAGCGCGUCAUGGGCGACGUCGCCGCGCAGGGCGAGCGGCUGCAGGCGCUCGUCAGCUGGAGGGACCCGCGGGCCAGCCGCAUCUUCGUCGGCGUCUGCCUGGCCGUCGCCGUGGCGCUGUACGCGAUGCCGCCCAAGAUGGUGGCCGUGGCCAGCGGGUUCUACUACCUCCGCCAUCCCAUGUUCCGGGACCCCAUGCCCGCCGCGGCCGUCAACUUCUUCCGCCGCCUGCCCAGCCUCUCCGACAGGAUGCUCUGAGAUUGGUGGCGGCUCCAAUCUUCUUCUUUUUUUUUCCGUUGCCGCAAUAAGUAUGCGAUAGGAAGUUCCUAUAUAUCUGGGAGAGACAACGUGUAGAAAUAACACAAUGAUGAUUGUAUGUAUUCAAAAGCAUAGAAAACACAUAAUUAAAGACAAGAGUUAUAUGAUUGUGACAGCAAUUGCUGCAUAAUUUA